AUGUCCGGUACUCCCGGUUCUGGGUCUGUUGGUUCAUUAAAUCCUCAAAACGCAGCCGCCGCCAUACCACCUGUCUCAAAUCCUAAAAACAAGGAGAUUUACAAGUAUGAAGCUCCCUGGAAUAUCUUUUCCCUCAAUUGGUCUUUACGACAAGACAAACGCUUCCGCCUUGCUAUAGGCAGUUUUAUAGAAGAAUAUAAUAAUAAAAUUCAAAUUAUCACUCUCGAUGAAGAUCAAGGUGAAUUUGUUGCUCAGCAGACUUUUAAUCACUAUUAUCCCGCAACAAAGGUUAUGUGGAUGCCAGAUAUGAAAACGAAUGCUCCUGAUCUUCUUGCCACAAGUGGUGAUUAUCUUCGUAUCUGGAAAGUUUCGGAAUCUCCUACCAAGUUAGAAUGCACACUAAAUAAUAACCAGUCUACUGGAUUCUGUGCUCCGCUUACUUCUUUCGACUGGAAUGAAUCAGAUCCUUCAAUUAUUGGAGCUUCGAGUGUGGAUACGACGUGCACGAUUUGGGGAUUAGAGACUCAACAAGUUAUUGGGCGAACAAGGGGAGUUAGUGGUCAUGUUAAGACUCAAGUUAUCGCUCAUGACAAGGAAGUAUAUGAUAUCGCGUUUAGUCGAGCGGCUGGUAAUCGUGAUAUUUUCGCAAGUGUUGGUGCGGAUGGAUCAGUGCGCCUAUUUGACCUUCGAAAUCUACUGACUUCCACAAUUAUAUAUGAAAAUCGUAAUCGAACCCCCCUUUUGCGGUUAGCAUGGAAUAAGCAAGAUCCCAAUUAUAUUGCAACCUUUGCUUUGGAUUCAAAGGAAGUGACAAUUUUGGAUCUCCGUGUGGUCUCUACACCGAUGGCGACACUUGACAACCAUCGGGGUUAUCUUAAUGGUCUUGCCUGGGCUCCUCACUCAAGUUGUCAUAUCUGCACCGCCGGUGAGGAUUGCAUGGCUUUGAUUUGGGAUAUCCAAUCAAUGCCUCGGGCCAUCGAAGAUCCCAUUUUGGCGUACACAGCUGCGGCCGAAAUUAAUCAAAUUCAAUGGAAACUGCUUGGAGAUACUACGCAUAUAAUUGGAAAGUCGGGCUGUCAUCUCUUCUGCUUACGCAUUCACUUAUUUCCCCGUGUUUCUCUAACUAUUACCAACCCUAACCGUGAUGAUUUUCUCAUUUCACCCGAAAGUUUUAUCUUCGGUAUUUCUUUCACUGGUAUUAAGUUGCAGAAACAUUUGGAAUUAUGUGAAGACGAUAGUGUUCGUGAUUUUAUCAAAUUUACUAAUAAUAUCACUAUCGAAGCUUUUAAUCGACGAGAUAAAUCACGCUUGUCAGAAGGAAUCAGUACUCUAACAAGCAGUUACACAGCGCCAUGCCUGGUUGCUGCACUUUCAGGUUUAACUGGAGCUUUGGAUAAAUUUUGUCAGUCUGGACGUUACGUAAAAUAUGACAUGCCUGAUGAACCUCUUUAUGGUCGGGUUGGAUAUUUAUGUGGUCUUAUGCUUCUUCUUGAUAAUGGACAUGAAGUCGAUGGGCAAUUGGUUUCCGAGGUUGUGAAAUGCAUUCUUAAAUCCGGCCGGAAACUGUCUGAGAGACUUGAUCGUCGGGAGUAUGAAAACCUGAUGCGUCGCAUGUCUAAUCCACCUGGUAAACCACCAUUGAUGUUUAUUUGGCAUGACAAAUUCUAUCUUGGGGCUGCACAUGGGUAUGCUGGAAUUCUCCAAAUUCUCUUGAAAGUAAACGAGAAAUUGCCCCAAUGUUUGCCUGAAGGCGCGCUAGAGACGGAUAUUUUACCAACAGUGAAGUGGUUGGCGAAAUUACAGCUGCGUUCUGGUAAUUGGCCAUCGAGUCUGGGUUCGAGUCUCGACAAUGAUCACCUUGUCCAGUGGUGUCAUGGUGCCCCCGGUGUAGUCCCUCUUAUGCUCGCUGCAUAUAAGGUAACUGGUGAUAGAGAUUACCUCCAACGAGCUGAAAGAGGCGGUGAGGUAAUUUGGGAACGUGGAUUAUUGACUAAGGGUUGUGGACUUUGCCAUGGAUCUGCAGGGUCUGGUUAUGCUCUUCUUAGUCUGUAUAGACACACUGGAGAUAAGAAAUAUCUCCAAAGAGCUGCUGCAGUAGCUCUUUGGUGUGCUGAUUAUUUUAAUCAUGCUGAAAGAACACCAGAUCGUCCUUUAUCACUGUUUGAAGGAUUAUCGGGGGCAAUAAUGUUCUUAGCGGAUAUGAGACACCCUGAAGUUGCGGAAUUUCCAUUGAUCAAUUGA